UCCUGGAAUCAGUUACAUUUGCUUUUGUUCAGGAUGAACCAGAGGAAGAAGCCAGCUACUCCGCAUUCCUGGUAGCGGAGCUCAGGAGUUCAAGGCUGGGAAGGUUUAGCUGAGUCAUCACAUUUGGCCACCACCCGGAGUCCUGGGCGAAGUCUUCAGCCCAGUGCCACCCACAGCAGUUCAUCACGUGACCGCCACCCGCAGGAGCCACAGUUCCAUGGACCAAAGAUGGAAGAGAAUCCUGGGCCAGCCCCUUGCCACCCCUACUUCCCAGCCUAAGAAGAAACGGACAUCAAUGGUAUCUCUGUUUUCCAAGAUCUCUUGGAAACUGAGGACCCAGAAGCGGGAGCCUAUGAAGAAUGUGUUUUUCAUCUUGGCAGAAAGAGCCCGGGACCCCAGUGCUAAAAAGCGCCACAUGGCAAUGAGAGGCCUGGGGACCAUGGCCUGUGAAGCCCCAGACAAGGUGAGAAAGUAUAAGAAAAUCAUCCUAGACCUGCUGGUGCAUGGAUUGUAUGACCCUGUGAGCUCUGAAGUCAUCCACGAAAGUAUGAAGACUCUGACCAUCAUCCUGGGCAAGACCCAGGGGAAAGGUUUGGGCUCCUUCUUCGUAGACAUCACUCUCCAGACAAGGACUUUAUUAGAUGAUGAGAAUGACAGUCUGAGAUUCUCAGCCUUUGUUUUGUUUGGGCAAUUGGCUGCCUUUGCCGGACGGAAGUGGAAGAAAUUUUUCACCAGUCAGGUCAAACAGACCAGAGAUUCUCUCCUGAUCCACCUACAGGAUAGAAACCCCCAGGUUGCCAAGGCUUGCAAAACAACUUUUCGAGCCUGUUCUCCAUAUCUGAAACUAAGGAAGGAAUACAACUUCCAGGUUGAAGAUGAUCAAAGGAAUCCUAAACUCUACCGGCAGCUGAGCCACUAUCAUCCAGAGCUCCUGCAAUUCUUCUAUGCAAAUAAAAUUCUGUAAACAGAACUGCAGGGAAAUGGUCCCACCUGAGUGCAUUGCUGGGCGCCUCGGUUCCCCAGGUUUUCUCCCAUUGGAUACUUCUGCUGCCUCUUGUGAUUGUCAUUAAAAAAUGAUGUUAGGAGAGCAGUCAACGGCAGAAAUAAUGCUACGGAACUGUAGAGAUAUAGCCGAAGCAAAAUUCGAAAUUGCUUUCCUAUAUUGCAUUUUCUCCCCAUUCAAAUUUGGU